AUAUCAGAAAAUUCUGACUAUGGACUUCAAAAUGAAGUGGACUAUCCUGUAUUCCAUAAAUGAAAGAAAAAAAAUAUGAGUAACACAAUCGAUGAUCCAGACGUUGCCGAAUGCCAUCGCAUAGGGUUGUCACCGUCAAAAAACCAUACCCUGCUAGAUUUCCUUCCUGAAGUAGUUUGGGGAAACGUCGCCUUGCAUCUCUCCGCAAGAGAUGUUUUGUCCCUGCUUAGUGUGAAUAGACGGCUAUGCAGUGCAUUGGGAGAGUCUGGAAGCUUUUGGGACAUGCUUUCGAACCGAGAUGGCGCAUCUUGCUAUGCAUACUAUCAUCGAAUGAAAGAAUUGCAAACACCGCGAGCCGCAGACGAUAAGGUUGAUGGGUGCUACUGGCGAAGGGCAAAACAUUCAUUUUUGUUUCAUUGUCACAAAGCCAACCCAACCAAGAGCUUCGGUGGGGUGAGGUGGUAUCCGGUGCGACCAUAUGGACGAUUUUCUGGAAUAUCAGAUCGCGAAGGACACGUAGCGUGUGUCGUUUCGCGAAAAGUUAUUUCAAAUCAGGUAGUCGAUGGUUUAUCCAUGUCAUCGUCGGAAGAAGGACAACUAGCAAGAAUACGAGAACGCUUUGUCGUGAUUACAGGUGGUUUCAGUGAUGACGAUUCAGUGUGUAAGUUUCUGAACUCUUGUCGAAAGUAACUUUCAGACAUAGAUGGCGGCUGGACUCGCUCAUUCCAAAGUUUCUCUUCUUCCCCGAACCCAUAGACAUCAUUAAUGCAGGAACAGGAAUUUUAGAAGACAAUCCUCGAAAUUCCGAACGUCGACUCCAUCGUUGGAGUGUAAAGCGAUUGGAACCUAGAUCUGGUAGUAGCUUUGUCUAUGGUGCAACGCUGACUGCCCUGCCAACAGAGUACUCCAUGACCACGAACGGAGAGUGUCAGCCUAGGCUAACUGUCCGGAUGCGUGCUAUUCGAUUCGGUGGGUUUAGAGCUGGAGGUUACUCGGGGGAAACAUCACAAGUAUCCAUGCUGACGCUGACGCAAGAAGCACAUGCGCGAAGGCGACACCGACGAGGAAAGAGGGAGCGUGAACCAAAACACGACAAUGAAGGCGAUGAAAGUGAAGAGCACGCAAUCGACAUGGAAUGGCAGUGGGAUCAACAGUUCAAAUGCGAUUGGUCGAACAUUUCCACUACUGGAGUGAUAUCGGGAGAUCACGACGUUGAAGGGUCUCCAGAACGGUACUUUCUYUCUCGAGCAUAUCACUCCUCAACACUGUUACUAGAUCGAUAUCUUGUUGUCCUCGGUGGAAUGAAAUGUACGUAUUCUUUUGAUUCGUGUAUCUCUUUUUCGGAAAGAAGGAGAAGGGUUGGAUUUCGGUUGUUCAAAUCUCUCAUUUCUUCUCAAUGAUGUAACGGGCACUCGGUAAUUUGCCUACGUCCUUUUUUUGUAUUGCUUUUUUUGCAGCUGAUUGUUCCAUAUUGAAUGAAGCGAUUCUGGACACCAAAACGUGGACUUGGAUUGGAGAAGGUAGAAUUUCUUUGGGUGCUGACGGCAUAGAUAGUAGACCUAGUGGUCGACACGGCCAUUCGGUUGUAUUAGAUGAUACUCGAAAUCGAUUGGUUUUGUUYGGAGGCGGUUCCGGUUCGGACUUGUUGAGAUCAGGUGAUGACAAUAGUGAGGUUUGGGAAUUGCAGCUCGGUGAUAAAUGGCAAGGUGACCACUUUGCAGCUUCCUUUCCUUGGAAAUGGAAGAAAUUGCAUAACGAUAGCAAUAGAAGGUAUGGCAAUAGUGAAAGCGAGCAUAACAUUGGACACGAUACUGAAAAUGCGGAACGUUUGUUGACUCUAUCGCCAUCGGAAACACUUUGUCUUGGAAGGUGCCACCACGGAAUAAAAAUUUCACGGGACACUGUGUUGCUUUUUUUUGGCUCGGGUAGACCUUCCACUAAUGGAGUGAUUGCAUAUGAUCUUAAAGCUGAUGUUUUCUUUCGGCAUGAUCAAGUUUCACAACCCUUAUCAUCGUCUACUACCAGUGGUGGGGUCUGCAUCAAGGGGAUUAUUCCCAAACCUCGAUUCACUGGUGUCGCAGCAUUCUUAAACGAAGACGGUUACAUUUUGACUCAUGGAGGAUAUUGCAGCCAAGACCAUGAUACAAUAGGAACAAUGGACGUACUCGAUCUAGCUCCAGCGUUUCGAGGACAACCACUCUCUUCGUCGUCGUUUGAUGGAUUGCCCAUUGAUCAUCAACGUGUGUCUUAUGCGAAUGUGACGAAUUCUCAAGCAGACCGAUGGCGGCAAGAUCCAGAUGCUGCCCUGCAACGAAUGCUACAAACUCUCGAURGCACCCCUCUCGCCGAACGAAGAGCAGCAGCAGGUAACUUAUUGAAUCAGAUGCACAGAGGUGAUCUUCCGUCCAAUCGACAGACCAUGCUUCUAAUGUCCAUGAUUGCGUUGGGUCGUGCAAAUUUUGAAAGCGACGACGAAUACAAUUCAGACAUAAGCUAGCAGAUGCAAUUUUUAGCAGAACUUGAAGCAGCGAUUUUACCUGCCAGCAUUUUUUUGCAUUCAACCUUACUACUAUACUUUGAAUGACUCCUAGUUUGGUGAGUAUUAAACUGAACUAAAAAUU